UUUGCACCAUGAAAUUGAAGUGUUGAUACUGUAACAUAAACGUUAUUCACUUUAAACGAUGCUACCUGCAUGCCAACUGCCAAGAGGUUUGACUGUGCAGACUAAACCAACGAGCCAUUUAAAAGCAUACGAGGCAGCAUGUUCUCACACAGUAGUUUCUGACAUACACGGAUCGGUUUGGGCAGCGCCGCUUUAAGUCAAAACCCCAUUUCAUGGGUCCAGAUCUUGCACCAGCGUUUGGUCGCGGGGUCUAAAUGAAAGUGGGUGACAAAUGCUUUGCCUAAACGACGGCGCAUACUAGCGUAGAACGAGUCUGAAAAUCUUAUUAUGGUUUCGGGAAUGCGGGUGUUUCCGUGAGCCGAGCUCCUGAUCGAGCGCAGACGCUGAUUAGCAUCAUUAGCCAGCGCUGUUGCUUCUGUAGUCGGAUUGAUAAAUGUUAAGCUCCUGUACGUGAUCAAAACGGCGAAAAUGUCCAAAAGAUGAUGUGGGUGCAGCACAUAACUGAUACAGUUUCUUUCAAUAGAAUCGCGCAACUGAUUAAUAGAUGCCUAACUCGUCAUUUGGAUGUUGCAUGCAAAACUGACUGUUCAAAAAUCUGAGGCGGCACGUGCCCCCUCUGUUUGAAUGGGCAUGACGUCUCAGUGUCUGUACCUUUAAGAUGACGUAGUACACAUUGGGGGUCAAAGUCAAAUGCUUUUAAUUACUGCUCUAUAAACACAUAAGAGAGACAAAACCUUACUGCUAAAUUGCUAAACCUCACGUUUUAAUUUAUGGAGAUUCCAAUAUUUACUGUGGAUGCUUUUACCAGUGUACCUUUCAAAGGUAACCCUGCCGCAGUAUGUCUCAUAGAGAAUGAACUUCAAGAUGAACUUUAUCAGAGCAUUGCUGCUGAAAUGAAUUUAUCAGAGACUGCUUUUAUCACAAGACGGAAUUCUAUGGAUUUUUCCUCAGGUGCAAGGUUUGGAUUACGCUGGUUUUCCCCCCAAACCGAGGUUCCACUCUGUGGACAUGCAACAUUAGCCUCAGCAGCAGUGCUAUUUCACAUUAAAAACAAUGUCAACCCUGUUGUGGUGUUUGAGACAAUGAGUGGGGAGCUGUAUGUGCGUCAACAUGGGGAAUCACUUAUCAUGGACUUCCCCUUAAACAAACCAAAACCUCAAGACCAACAUGAAGUCAUAGAUCUUUUGAGGGCUGCUGUAGGAGAUUUACCAAUUCAGGAUGUGUGCUAUUCUGAAACCACAAAGAAACUGAUGGUUCGUCUAGCCGACACAUGUGACAGGGGUAAACUGGUGUCUUUGAAGCCAGAAGCAGAAGCGCUGCUGAGACAUGAGACCACUGGGAGAAUCAAAAGUCUCAUCAUUACACUGAAAGGUGCACAGACUGGACAUGACUUCUACUCCCGUGUCUUUGCCCCUUGGGUUGGGGUCCCUGAAGAUCCAGUCACUGGGUCUGCUCAUACAGUUCUUGCUGGUUACUGGUCUGAGAAGCUUGGGAAAAAGAAAAUGUUGGCUUACCAAUGUUCCAGUCGAGGGGGAGAGCUGAAACUGGAGAUAAGAGAUAUGGGCCGACUGGACAUUAGUGGUCAUGCACAGAUCAUUCUUCAGGGAACUCUUAAAAUCUAAACAAACUUCC